CAAACGAAUCUGACAAACUGCAUGUUGGAAAUGGAAGCAGCUCCACCCCAUUAAACAAUUACUGAAUCCAAAUUUCUCUUUUCCACUCUCUCCAUACCCUAGAUCCAAUCUCUCCUCCCAUGGUGCUCUCCAAGAACUCCGGUGGUCACCGGGGGAUGCAAGAAUCGAUGUACUCAGUGAUCGCUCUAGUCUUCAUUUUAGUAGCUUGCGUCGAACUGUGCGAUGCGGCCGCCGCCAUCGACGUUUACCGUCUAAUCCAAUACGACAUGUCCGGUUCUGCUUACGGAUCUCGCUUCGCGGUUCUCAACCACCACGCCGCCUCCUUGCAUUUCCCUCCUGGCGCCGAUCUUUCCAGAGCCGUCCUCAUCAUCCCUCUCCGUGAACUGAACAUCACUUUUGUUCGAGAAUAUAUCAAUCAGAAAAAGCCGUUAGGAGGGUUGCUAUUUUUGCUUCCUGACAUAUUUAGCUUUGAAAAUGGAGGGAAUAAACAAGUUCAUGAAAAGGAGAAACUGAAAAAUCUACUGGCAGAGCUGGAACAGUUACUUAUACAUGCAAAUAUACCCUAUCCUGUUUAUUUUGCUUUUGAGAAUGAUGAAAUUGAUACUGUCUUGGUGGAUAUCAAGAAGAAUGAUGCGAUUGGUCAACCUGCUACUGCAACUACUGGAGGAUACAAGCUUGUUAUCCCAACACCUGAACCGAAGAAAGUUGCAUCUCCCACCAUCACUAAUAUUCAGGGGUGGUUGUCUGGCUUGAAAGUUGAUGGAGAUACAAAUCAACUUCCAACGAUUGCUAUUGUGGCAUCUUAUGAUACUUUUGGGGCUGCUCCUGCAUUAUCAGUGGGAAGUGACAGCAAUGGGAGUGGCGUUGUAGCGCUUCUUGAAAUUGCUAGGUUAUUUUCUCUUCUGUACUCAAAUCCUAAGACAAGAGGAAGGUACAAUUUACUUUUUGGCCUGACAUCUGGUGGACCAUAUAACUACAAUGGAACUCAGAAGUGGCUUCGGAGUUUUGAUCAACGUUUACGCGAGAGUAUUGACUAUGCUAUUUGUUUAAAUAGUAUUGGUUCUUGGGAUAAUGAAUUGUGGAUUCAUGUGUCUAAGCCUCCAGAGAAUGCCUACAUUAAGCAAAUUUUUGAGGGUUUCUCUAAUGUGGCAGAGGAGUUGCAUAUCAAAGUUGGCUUGAAGCACAAGAAAAUAAACAUCUCCAAUCCUCGAGUAGCUUGGGAGCAUGAACAGUUCUCAAGGCUGAGAGUUACUGCUGCCACUCUUUCUGAAAUUUCGACUGCUCCUGAACUCCUACAAGGCACUGGAGGUCUGUUUGAUAGCAGACAAUUUGUGAAUGAAACUGCAAUCACUAGAGGUGUAAAGUUAGUUGCUGAAAGUCUUGCGAGGCAUAUCUAUGGCCACCAGGGAAAAAAUGUCCAAAUUUUUGCAGAUGGCGGUAGUUUGGCUGUAAAUCCUGCUUAUAUACAAUCUUGGCUGGAUCUUUUAUCACAAACACCUCGUGUGGCUCCAUUUCUUUCAAAGAAUGACCCUUUUGUCAUGGCUUUGAAGAAGGAAUUAGCUGAUCAUACCGAUGAAGUGAACAUGCAACAUGAGGUUCUUGAAGGGGUAUUCACUUUCUAUGAUUCAACUAGUGCUAGGCUUAACAUCUAUCAGGUUGCUAGUGUAACAUUCGACUUGCUGUUACUUCUCGUGUUGGGAUCAUAUUUGAUAGUGCUCUUCAGUUUUCUUGUCAUCACAACUAGGGGUCUUGAUGAUCUAAUCAGUUUAUUUCGCCGGCCCCCUUCUCGAAAGGUGAAAACAGCUUGAUCGCAUAAGCAGAACAUUAUAUGCGGAUGCAUUUUGUACGAAAUAUUCUCUAAUGUAAACUUAAAACAAAAUAUCCCACGAGGUUCCUUGGUUUUCACUUUUUUUUUCUUCUCCUUUUUAGUUUUAGUAUGACCGGGGACCAUUUUAAAUGAGAUCAAUUUUAGGUGCGAGAAAAUUUUUGCUCAGUCCAUCCAGGAUUGUAUUGUAUUGUAUUGUUGUUGGUUUUAUAGAAUAAAUACGUAUGGGGGUAUCCGCACAUUUUUAAUUA